CACUGUUUGGAGAUCUAAACGCAACUCCAUAUGCGGUCUACCUGCCAUUUGCCGAGGUUCAGAGAAACACAAAUUUCUACCUACAGUGUCAGAAAUUUUGCCGUGAUUAUGAGGAAUUCAUCUUCUCCAUGUCCAUCUACUUCUUCUACUUCUUCAGUUGUCACACCUGAAGAUGUUCUUGAAUCAUUGAUGAAUGAUGGUACAAUUGAUGCCAUUAGACUUAAAAUCAUUUCCCAAUUAAAAGCCAAUGAGGAGCUAAAGAAAAAUACAAUCACAAUGGUGGAGCAGAGUAAGGUUCUUAACACACCGGGUGCAGAGAAGCAGACGAAAAGGGAGCUGUUUGAUGCGCUGAGGCAUGAACUUGAGACUCCAGUACUUGACAAAGCCUCAAAAUCAGUCUGGGAGUUGAUGUCAGAAAAUGAAAUGUUUAUGAAGGAGAUAGGCGAAACAGUUGAAAGAGUUUUUUAUCGGUUGAGUGGUCAAGAACCCUUGCCACUUGCUCUUCCAAAUGGCAAACUAGAAGCGCAAGAACAACCUGAGCAGGAAAACCAUGAUGAGAACGGAAACACAGAUUCUCUGUUGAAGAAGAGAAGCUUUCACGAGAUUAGCGUUGAAGGGAGUGGUGCACCAGGUGAAUUUGCAGAUGGUUCAGGUGAACCGCUGUCAGCACCAUCCGUGCCUGAAGAUUCUUCUAUUUCAAUGCCUUUUUCUAAUGUAAAGCCAUGAUUCACUUUUCACAAGGUAAUAGCAAAAUGAUAUGCUGAUCUGAAACUGUGUGAUUGAGUAUAUGAUUUUUAAGUACAACGCCUUAGUAUGCAUUGCUCCCGAAGGUUUUACUCCA